GUGGCGAAUCGCAGGCUUGCGGGGCGACGGUGCACCGUAUCCCGGCGUGGGUUGCGCGGCCACCGUGAAGCAGCAGCGCGAGGCCGCCGCCCGGCCGGGUUAGGGUCCGGCCUACCUGUAUCCAGCAGCGACCGGAGCCUCGUGGUUUGAAGGAAGAAUUUGCCCUUGCCUCUUAGCAAGCAUCCCCAAACUGUAACAAGAGAUCAAACCCUCAAAUGGUUGUUCCUAUUGAGGGAAUAAAACUAGCUGAAUCCUCUGGCCAGAGAAACAAAACACAAAAGCACUAAAUGUCAAAAAAAAAAUGGCCCUGUUAGCCCCACAGUUAUCCAGAUGGUUCAACUCAGUUAAAUUGUGUAGCUUCGUUAAAGCCACACAAGUCACAAAGCACUCUGCAAGACCAGGGACAGCGCUGGUGGCCAGCUUCUCAGCUCAAGCUCUGGUGUCCUCGGACACUUGCUUUCUCCAGGGGAAAAUUAAGACUCACAGGACUUUGCUCUCCUGGAAUAGUUUUCAGUCUGCCAACACAAAUAGGAAAAAGAGUUCUGCCGAAAGCACUCGGCUUCCUUCAGUAAGUGAACAGCAAGAGAAGACGCCUACUCUUGAAUCUGAGCUGCCUCUGGAAGAACUGGAUGACUUGCCUCCAUUGUCCCCGCUACAGCCAGUUUCAGAGGAGAAGGCUAUUCAGAUUGCUGCACACGCUCUGCUGCCCCUUUCCUCCUUCACACUUGCAGAUUACGUAGACCAUUCCAAGACUCUGCAGAAGCUAGUGCAGCUUGGAGUGGAUUUGUCCAAGAUAGAAAAACAUCCAGAUGUAGCCAACCUCCUUCUAAGGCUGGAUUUUGAAAAAGACAUUAAGCAAAUACUGCUAUUUCUUAAAGAUUUGGGUUUAGAAGAUAACCAACUGGGACCAUUUCUGACAAAAAAUUAUGCUAUUUUCUCUGAAGACCUUGAAAAUCUUAAGACCAGAGUUGCUUAUUUACAGUCAAAAAAUUUCAGUAAGACAGACAUUGCACGGAUGGUCAAAAAUGCACCAUUUUUGUUGAGCUUCUCCGUGGAAAGACUAGAUAACAGACUGGGGUUUUUCCAGAAAGAACUUGAACUGAAUGUGAAGAAGACUCGAGAUCUGGUUGUUCGUCUUCCAAGACUACUAACUGGAAGUCUGGAGCCUGUGAAGGAAAACAUAAAGGUUUAUCACCUUGAACUUGGUUUUAAACAUAAUGAAAUUCAGCAUAUGGUCAUCAAAAUCCCUAAGAUGCUAACUGCAAACAAAAGAAAACUUACGGAGACUUUUGAUUAUGUACACAAUGUGAUGCAUAUUCCCCACCACAUCAUCGUCAAGUUUCCACAGGUAUUUAAUACAAGAGUAUUUAAAAUUAAAGAAAGACACUUGUUUCUUGUCUACUUGGGAAAAGCACAGUAUGAUCCAGCAAAACCUAACUAUGUCUCCUUGGAGAAGUUCGCAUCUUUUCCUGAUGAAGUGUUUUGUAAAGAGAUUGCCAAAGCUUCAGUAAACGAUUUUGAGAAGUUCUUAAAAACUCUUUAGUUUUUGAUAAAUGUUUAAAUAUAUUCUUGUAAAGUAAAUAUAUACAUGAAUAAAUAUAUUUUUAAAA